CCCCGACCCUCCACCUCACUCUGUCGGAUCUACCCACCGCUACGGCCACGGGGCAUGCUGGGAUUUACCUGGAUACCAACCUGAGUGGACCCGGGACCCAUUUACCGGAUUAAUUUCACCUGUUUGUCCGCAGGAGGACCGUUAGACCACCGGUUGAUACUGGGAGCUGCAGAGACCAGUUUGAGGAUCAGAGUCUGGAUUCACUUUGUGCCCGAGUCUGUUUAACUCGGUUUUAUUUACUCGGUUUAACUGAACCAAGACAGUUGAACCAGGUGAUUAACCCAGGUGAGUGACUCCAGGUGAUUCCUCUCAGUUGAUCCGGUGUCUACUGAGGCGUCCCGCUGCGCUCCGCCCCGCACAAUGCUGUUCAAGUCCGGCAGAUCCUCCGGACCCUGAUGCUGCAGAGACCCUGAGGUCACACCGCAGAGUCUGACGGAGGACAUGCUGCUGUCCGCGCCCUCCAGGCGGGACACGGACGGCCGCUGCAGCCGGGACAGAGCGGCUGCGGACGCGGAUGCGGCGGAGCGGCAGCGCUCGGUGCGGGAGCGGCUGGAGGCCACCGUGUCCGGGCUCGGGGAGCUGGAGUACCUGCGGCAGCGGCAGGAGGUGCUGGUCCGGGCCGCGCUGGAGCUCCGGGAGUCGGCGGCGGAGGAGGAGGAGGCGGAGCGGCGGAGGGAGGCUCAGCUGAGCUCCGAGGAGAAGCUGCUGGAGGAGAACAUCCUGCUGCUCAGGAAACAGCUGAACUGUCUGAGGAGGAGGGACGCUGGUCUCAUCACUCAGCUCCAGGAGCUGGACCGACAGAUCAGCGACCUGCGACUGGACACCGAGGCGUCACAUGACCAGCUGGAGACCGACAGCCGACCAAGCUCAGGUUUCUAUGAGUUGAGUGACGGGGCGUCCGGCUCUCUCUCUAACUCGUCCAACUCGGUCUUCAGCGAGUGUUUCUGCUCGAUGGCGGACGCUGACGGACGCCUCCCGUCCACAGAUGAGCUGCCCAGCUGUUUGGAGUGUGACGGUCUGGUCGGAGGACUCUGUGACGACUUUUCUUCUGGUACAGUUCGUCGCUCAGUCUCCGCUCCUCACCCGCCCACCCUGGAUCCUGUCCCCUUAGUGGCCUCCUGUGACUCCCAGUCUAAGUACCACUGCGACCUGGUGGCCCGAAAUGGCAGCGACGUGUUCCGGUACCCGAGCCCGCUGCACGCUGUGGCCGUCCAGAGCCCCGUCUUCCUCCAGAUGUUGAGUCAUGGCGGUCACGGCAGAGACGAAGGGCUUCUGAAAGCCAUCGAGGCCGGUGUUGAGGGUCUCCGACCAGAAUCUGCUUCUGUUCCAGCUCCUCUUGUACCUCAGAGCUCCUCCUGGCCGGCCCCCUCUUCCUCUUCCUCCCAGACCCCGUGUCAUAAGCGUCUGGACAGCUACAUCUACAGUCUGCUGCAGCGGAGAGCCCUGCCCAUCAGGACCAGCAGACCCCGGACCAGCAUCAGCACUGACCCAUCAAAGAGCAUCCUGCGGCAGGCGAGUCUCUGUGUGAGGCAGGUCUCUGGUCUCAGCUCUGGUUCUGGUUUAGGGACUCUGAGGUUGACUGAACUCAAACCCUCCUGGGCAGCAGGAGGAGGAUCCGCAGACGGUGCUGCCACCUUCUCCCCUCAGAGGCAGUGGUCUGUGGAAAGUAAAGGUGAAGAGCAAGAGAUCCAAAAUGGUUUCCACGGUGGCGGCGAUGACACGAUGAUCAACAACAGUGACUUGGCACCGAACCAGAACAGCUUUCCUCUUACUAACGGCAUCCAGAACGACGGUUUCUUCACCAACAAGGACACCAACACAAGCACCAACAGUCUGAUGAAAAAGAAGAACAAAGGGCUUCUUCUUCCCUCAGCAGCGUCCACUGCGACUCUGCCUAAAGACGCCAGGGAGCUGGGCAGUCCCAAAGCUAACUCCACCCCCAAAGAGUCCAAGCAGCCAUGUUACCCCCCUGACCAGGACCUGCUCCUUGGAUCUACUCCUAAGAACAGCCACAAGCAUCUCCCAACAGACCAGACAGACGAAGGCGAUAGGUCAGUGCCAGAGCUGGCCAGUGCGGGGUCGUCCUCCCCGAGUCAGGACGAAGCAGGAGGAGACGAAGGAGAAGGAGGAGGGAGUCACAUGGUUAAUGCCAAGUACAUCCCUGCCCAGCGGCAGAACAUCAAACUCCGCAAGGGUGGCAGCAAGAGUAUCAAGACUGUCAAGGUGAAGACAAGUCGGGCCUCUGAACGCAGUGAGCCCGCAGAGAGGAGAGGGGAUAAAUCCCACCACAGGUCCAGUUCUAAAAAGUCCCGGCUGCUGGAAGACGGAGGCUCCGCCCACAUGAAAGUCUCCAAGAGAUCACCUGUCGGGGCUCCUGGGGUGUCCUCCUCCAGAGUCAACAAACGCCUCCCUGUGUCCAUCCCCGAGGGUCGAGUCCUGGACAAGCACGCCACAUCGACGCUAAGCAGCGUGCGGUCAGGUGUAUCCAAGCACCAUCACCAUGGAAACCACCACCACUACAGUGGUACCCACCACCAUCACAGUCACCAUCAUCAUCAUCACCACGGGCGUGACCAGGUUGUGGUCAUCGCCAAACCAAAACACAAACGAAAUGAUUACCGGCGGUUGCGUGCGAUCAUGGAGGUCCCAUACGACGAGGCGUUCAGGCGCGCUCAGAGGCGGCAGAGAAAAGAGCUUCUCAGCCAUUCUCCAGCCGGCGUGUACCUCCCCUCUGGUGAGCAGCUGAGCAGCCCGUACUCUUACGUCGGAGGAAGUGACUCAGAGUAUUCGGCCGAGUGUGCGUCGCUCUUUCACUCCACCAUCGUGGACACCAGUGAGGACGAGAGGUCCAACUACACCACCAACUGCUUCGGAGACAGUGAGUCCAGUGAGGAGGAGUAUGUGGAGGAGAGCACCACCACCAGUGAUACUGAGGAGAGUGGAGGAGGUGGGGCUGGGGGUAGGACAGGUGGAAUGGGCAGGGGGUGGAGCCAGUUAGGGGCACCAGGGGCCAGGGCGGUGGGGCAGGAAAUGACUCCGGCUCAGGCGAAGGCCUUCGUCAAGAUUAAGGCCUCUCACAACCUGAAGAAGAAAAUCCUGAGGUUCAGGUCGGGCUCGCUCAAACUCAUGACCACCGUGUGAGACGGCUGGAGGCGGGAAAUCACCCCGCCGCCACCCUGACCCUGCUCGACCGAUCUGAACCAGAGCCAGAUCAGCUGGGGUGCCUUACCCAUGCACUUGUAGUGUAUCUGAACCAAAUCUCAUGUAGAAACAGUCCUGAGGGAGGACAGGUGCUGGGACACUUAUGAAGUGGACAAACACUUUUCUACAGUGACAUUUGAACCAACCCCAAGCCUCUUUCGCCUGAGAGACAAAUCCAAACCAGUCAUCCAUCUUUGUAAAAGUAUGUGUGACAUUUGUCCAGGCUGAUCCCCGACAACAACAAAAAGUCCAUGGAUUUUUUUUCUAAAUUUACUAUCUUCUUCAUAUCCUUUGUUAACCGUCUGUGUUCACCAGUGGAGUCCAUCUGACUGGCUCAGUGUUGAGGUAAUCGUGACUUCAGGAGUAGAAGUUUUCUGACGUCUAAAUGCUAAAGAGGGAACGAGGAGGGAUCUUGUCGUCAAUAAUCUUGUAACGGUGCUCCUAAGCCACUUGGUUGGCAAACAUAUCAUCCCAUCAGCUCCCUGAGUCUAAAUUUACCUUCACAUGGAUCAUGUGGGGUUUUACUUUCUAAUAAAGGAGCUUUUUCAAAGUUCUGCUAUUGCUACAUAGCUAACGUUAGCAUUAACAGGUGUGUAUUUAGUCUACCAGUCUUGCCCUGAGCUUCAGCAAUCAUUGUGUUUACAGUACAAGAGGUUAUAAUACGUCCUCUGAGCAGCUACUUCUUCAAGGCAGACUUGAC